UGUAUUUGAUAAAGUGUAAGUUUUCUUAGUACAAAUUUCUUGGGAUAGUUUAAUAGAAGUUGUCUACAUAGGUCGAACUAAUCUGCACGACGAAAUAUGCAGGGUAAAUGUGCAUGUAAACAAUGCAAAGAAGCAGAGGCAACUUGGUCCUCACACAAUAGUAGAUGUCUACUGUAAUAAAUGCAGGAAUCUAGUUGGAUGUCAAUUUAUUGAAGUACUUAAAGAUGAUCCAGUCGCAAGAAAAGACAUGGUUAUGUUGCAUAUGUGGAAGCUGCAGGAAAUGAAUAGAAACCAAAUAGAAGAAGCAGCAGAACCAGGAGCGAAUGCAAACCUAAUAGAAGAAGCAGCGGAACCUGGACCGAAUGCAAAUCAAAUAGAAGAAGCAGCGGAACCUGGACCGAAUGCAAACCAAAUAGAAGAAGCAGCGGAACCUGGACCAAAUGCAAACCAAAUAGAAGAAGCAGUGGAACCUGAACUGAAUGCAAACCAAAUAGACUCAGCAGUAGAACCUGGAGCUAGUGCAGCAACCAGAAAGCGGGUAUUGAAGAAAUAUAAAUCUAUCAAUGCUAUCAUAAAAAAUUCUCGCUAGGAGAUCUCUUGAAGAAAUGGAUUGACUUCUACAAAAGAAACUUUGAAUGCCCUUUACUUUGUAUUUUUUCCAUACUUUUCAUAAGCUUUUCACAUUUCUUCUAUUGAUAUAUGUACCCUAAUAUGGCACUGCAAUAUCCCACGCCCAUGAUUGAACAAGAACAAGAGAUUCAUACACUAGCUUCUUGUUGCUUAAAAGGGAUUCUAGAUCAGUUUAAUGUACUGAUACAUGUUCACUGAUGUUUUCUAUUGAAACUGUGAUAAUAUA